AUAAAAUAUUUUCACUUAGUGAUCUCUGCCUAUUUCUAGUCUCUAGGCAGCUUCCUUCCUUCCACAAUAUAUAGAGGCUUGCGCUCCUCUUCCAAUGCCCAAUCUCAUUACUCUCUCUCUUUCUUUUGUCUAAAAUUUUUUUCGUGGGUUUAUUAUGAGUUUUAACUGAUAAAUUUAUACCCACAUUACCUUUUUUCUCUAGUUAGACUGCAUUUUCUGCGUUUAAUCCAAAAUGGGUUUCUCUUAUCAGUUUUAGAAAGUUCGAGGAAAUCCCAUUUUGCAGCAUACAAAUUCUGCUGCAGAAACAGAUCUGUUUUUUCUUUUCCUCUGUUUUUGUUGAAAUUGAAACUUGAUUUUCUGUCUUCUGAUAACUUUGAAGACAUGGAGAAGUUAGUGAGACUCAUUUCAAUGGCUUCUUUGCUUCUGAUACUUUGUCUUCCUAUUGCAUUUGCGGGACAUGACUAUAACCAAGCUCUGAGUAAGAGCAUUGUCUUCUUUGAAGCUCAGAGAUCUGGUUACCUUCCUCAUAACCAGAGAGUCACAUGGAGAGCUAAUUCCGGUUUGAAUGAUGGCAAGGCCAGUGGGGUGGAUCUGGUUGGAGGGUACUAUGAUGCAGGGGAUAAUGUGAAGUUCGGACUGCCCAUGGCGUUCACCAUAACAAUGAUGUCCUGGAGCAUAAUAGAGUAUGGAAAACAAAUGGCUGCAAAUGGAGAGCUUGGCCAUGCCUUGGAAGCCGUCAAGUGGGGCACUGAUUACCUUAUCAAAGCUCACCCCGAACCCUAUGUCCUUUACGGAGAGGUGGGAGAUGGCAACAGUGACCAUUACUGUUGGCAAAGACCCGAGGACAUGACCACGGACCGUCAUGCUUACAAGAUUGACCCAAGUAACCCUGGGUCGGAUCUCGCUGGUGAAACUGCAGCCGCCAUGGCUGCCGCCUCAAUCGUCUUCCGCCGCUCCAACCCUGCAUAUUCCAGCGAGCUUCUUCGCCAUGCCUACCAGCUUUUCGAAUUUGCUGAUAAAUACAGAGGCAAAUAUGACAGCAGCAUCACAGUUGUCCAAAAAUACUAUCGAUCCAUCAGUGGCUACAAUGACGAGUUGUUGUGGGCCGCUGCAUGGCUGUACCAAGCUAGUAACAAUCAGUACUACUUGAACUAUCUUGGCAACAAUGGUGACUCCAUGGGUGGAACGGGCUGGGCCAUGACUGAGUUUAGUUGGGACGUCAAGUACGCUGGUGUUCAGACUCUUGUCGCCAAGUUCUUAAUGCAAGGUAAAGCUGGUCUCCAUGCACCAGUAUUUGAGAGGUACCAUGAGAAGGCAGAGUACUUCAUGUGCUCCUUGAUUGGAAAGGGUAGCCGUAAUGUUCAGAAGACUCCCGGUGGUUUGAUUUUCCGACAGAGAUGGAACAACAUGCAGUUCGUGACUAGUGCCUCGUUCUUGGCCACUGUAUACUCUGACUAUCUCACUUCCUCUAGGGGAAGCUUGAAGUGUGCUGCUGGCAAUGUUGCGCCAUCCGAGCUUCUUUCUUUUGCAAAAUCUCAGGUGGAUUACCUCCUUGGAGACAAUCCAAGAGCUACAAGUUAUAUGGUUGGUUAUGGGAACAAUUACCCACGACAAGUUCACCACCGAGGUUCUUCAAUUGUUUCAAUCAAGGUUGACCCUACAUUUGUUGCCUGCCGACAAGGUUAUGCUACUUGGUAUUCAAGGAAAGCAAGUGAUCCUAAUCUCCUCACUGGUGCUUUGGUUGGAGGGCCUGAUGCCUAUGAUAACUUUGCUGAUGAAAGGGACAAUUAUGAGCAAACAGAGCCUGCUACCUAUAAUAAUGCUCCUCUUCUUGGCAUAUUGGCUAGACUGGGAGGUGGUCAUGGUGGUUAUAACCAGCUCCUUCCUGUGUUUGCCCCAGUUCCUAAUCCAACUGUUGCCAAACCAAAACCCACAUUGACUCCAACUCCUGCCUCAUCUUCUAGUCCAAUUUCCAUAGACCAGAAGAUGACAACUUCCUGGAAUGAUAAGGGAAAAACUUACUACAGAUAUUCCACAGUGGUGACCAACAAGUCUUACAAGACUCUAAAGGAUCUCAAGCUUUCUAUAUCAAAGCUUUAUGGUCCUAUAUGGGGUCUCACCAAGUCUGGCAAUUCUUAUGGUUUCCCAACAUGGAUCGACUCUUUACCUGCUGGAAAGAGUCUUGAGUUUGUAUACAUCCAUUCUACUUCUCCUGCUGAUAUCUCAGUUUCAAGCUACGAUUUGGCUUAAGAAAGGAAGAAAAUUGCAAAAACAGAGUAAGGUCCACUUAGUUUCUGGGGUUGUGGUGUAAGAAUUGUGCAGCUAUACAGAAUGCAGUCCAGAAAAGGUCUUUCUAUUUUUUUUCCUUCUUUUUUUUUCUUGUUUGGGGAUUUUCAACUUUACUUGUUGAUUUGGUAUUUGAUUAGGUUUCUAGCUGAUAUUAGGUUAAAUAACGACGAAGAUUGGAGGAGAAAGGAGUGAAGAGACGAAUUAAAAAGGAGUGCUCAUCCUCUUUCUCCUCUACUUCAUUAGUUAUUAUUAUUAUUAUUAUUAUUAUUAUUAUAUAUAUCUAUAGAUAGGAUUGAGAGACAAUGAAAACAGUGAGAAUUGAGAAGUAAACAAAUGACUUCCCAAUAGAUUGCAAGGAGUCUGUUUUUCAUUUGUACUUCAGAGCAGCUGAUGUCCUUUUUCUUUCUGUGUUGUGAUGCUGCAAGCUAUGCAGCAUUUUAUAUUUUCCAUAUAAAUACAGUUUGCACAACAAUGUUUUGUCUCUCUUCUUCUGUUCAAGAUUCAAUCGCAGUUCAAUUUGUGUUUUUGUAAAGAUUUCCCUAUGAAGUAAUAAACAUGCCAUCAUUCUCAUUGAAGUUUCCUGUUAUCACAUAGGAACUUCAUAAAGGCUUCCAAAGAAGUGCUUUUGCAGUGUGUUCAGUUGCUUCCCAAAUACUAGAACAUUGGCAAAGACCUGAACAGAAAUUUCCGCAUUUGGUGUACAAUUUGGAUACAGAAAACAGUUCUCCCAGGCUCGAAG